AUGGCGACUCCAACCCCUAGCUCCGCCUCUAAGAGAGCGGCAGGAGGCGUGUCAACACCAUCGCAUCUCGCCCAGCAUUCUCCUCCUCGAAGUGUACCCUCUCCUGCCAACGCGCGACACCCCGCCGGCAAGACGCCAGUGAACCACCCUACCACCGGCUCCUCGCAGGGGAGUAAGACUCUCGGCUCGACGCCCAUGGUUCAGAACCUCAGCCAGAGCGGUAACACCUCCUCACCGAGCGCGAACAUGCUCAGCUUCGGCACACCCAGCGGCCUCAACCUUGACGGCAUCACACCAUCCGCCUUGAACAUACCCACUCCAGCCCUCGGCGGAGCGGCCAUGAUGCCAUCGAUGAGCGAACUCGGAUUGACCGCAGGCGGCACGAAGCGCAACGAAGACGAAGAGCGACGCGUCCGUAUGCGCCGUGUGCUGAAGGCUAUCGGCAAGCCCAAGGGUCGAGUCAGUGAAGAAGGCAUAGCACGCGUUUUUCGGCGAGUGGGCUUCGCGAAUGACAUCGACCACGACCCCGAACAGAAGCCGUGGAAGGUUGGAAACAGGAUGAUCGCGACUGCUGGCAAUACGAUCAUCAUCGAGGUGGAUUUGAAGAAUCAUGUUCCGGGACGUGUGAGUGCGAUGUACAACGUACAGAGCAAAGCAUUGGAGGAGCAAGGUGAGAAGGCAAGCAAGGUGUUGUUGGGUGACUUGAGGGCACCGGGUGAUGUCGGGUUGCAGGCGAAGCUGGAUCGUUUUGCGGACAAUCUGGAGAGGCUCGCGAAGCUGGACAGACUGAGCUCGGGGCGGAUUAACUGCUUUGAGGCCAUCAGCGGGGUUUACGUCAGUCUGCUAAGGCUGUUUGAGCAGGAGAAGAAGGCAGCAAUGGCUAUGUUAAGGACUAAAGGGAUGGAGGACGAGGAGAAGGCAGCCGAGGAAGUCGCAUGCAGGAGAAGUGGCAAGCCGACGGUGCACGAGCAUGGACAGCUUGGGGUUGCUAUCGAGUAUUGGCACGGCAGUAACAUGGCAACCAGCGAUAAUGCUGCGACAAGAAACGACCUUCAUGCUCCCGACGACGAGUCUGCCAACUCCGAGGCUGAAGACCAGAUCUUUUCACUCAGCAUUCAGUCAGAAGCAGCGUCCGCGAACCUCUAUCCUUCUCUUCGCGUCUCUGACACCUGGUUGCCCGGACCACUGGAGCUUCCAGAGGGCGAAGAGUCCGUCAACGUACCUUGGCAGGAUCCACCACCGACAUUCGUCGCUUCAGACUCAAGUGAAAUGCAAGUCGAUGGCCAGCAGAAGCUUCCAGACUUGCGCUUCAUAGCCAAACUCGAGCCUGCUUUGGUUAUGCCCUACCAAACCGCAACGAACAUCCUCGCAGCUGUUGGCGUGUCCCAAGCACCGAUCAUGAGUAUGCCCUCUCAGUACGCAGCGCUAUUGCUGGGUUUGCGGAGUGAAGCGGGAGGGACACAACAGCCAUUGACAUCUUCCACUAUCGCUGAGCGAGAAGUCAUCUCACAGCAGCAGGAUGACGAGACUACCGUCCGGCACAGCUAUACCAUGAACAGCGUCAAGCCAGACUGGGGAUUCAGGUUGCAGGAGUUGCCAUUCUCUCACCCCAGACAGCUGAUCGAGCUGCUACCUACACUCCGCCAGUGGGCAGUCAUGUCGCAAUUACUCAAGGGGUCGUUCAAGACUGCAGCGGCGCUUUUUACGCAGCAAGCGCCGUCGAAUCAUGUCAAUGGAACAGACGACCCUGGCGCCUCUCUUGACGAUCUGUUGGAUGCACCAGCCGAGAGUGCCGACAUUCCUAUCACGAUUGCUCUUACCACAUCGCCAAACCCUACGCUCGACCUCACGUUCCCACCAUCAGGCACCGACAGCACUGAUAAUGUCAGUGUCAGCGUGCAGAUUCUGCCGAAUGCUCACGUCGCUGUUCCUACGCAGAAAGGUCUCUUCCCUGAUGACCACGACGACACGCCCGCAAAGGUACAGAAGCUCGCUCGGGCGCUUGAGAUUUGCGGCGACCUGGGAGUCUGGAUCGAAUGGGUCAGGACGUCCAUUGCUCCAAGAGCAUGA